UUUUUUUCUCUCUUUCAAUUCCUCCCAUCUAUUACUGUGAACAAAAGACUCUCCUUUCCCCUCCCUCUCUCUCUCUCACCAGUUCAUAUUUUCCUCCUAGUAGAACAUGAAGCAAGGCUGAGCUCUGAAGCCUCUCUUUCCUUCCAAGGCUUGCUUGUUCUAUUUGCUUCCGGUUGGAAUAUAUGAGGGGGCAUCAAAUCAGGUGAAGGGAGGAAAAGAGGGGUCUGCUUUCCUGUUUGGGGUUAAUUGGGUGCUUGCUUUGUUCCUCUGAGGUGUUUUCUGGGAGCUUAAAUCCUUGGUUAUGCUGGAAGCCAAGCAUAAGGGCAGGCCCAGCUGCAGCAAAGCUCUUGGGCUACUCCUUCUGUUGGAUUACCACCAAGGCAAAAUAGAGAAGGCCCUCUUCAGAUGUUAUCCAUUGAAAACCCCUCAUGUUCCUCCAAGCUUCCAGCGCUGAAAACUGAUGAGAGGGCUUCUGAAAGGCUUGCCCUCCAAGAGGCAGAUCCAGGAGGCCUUUGUGAGAGACCAACUCCCAAUUUCUCUAUAAGAGAUUAUGUUUUCACAUCCCGGAGCAAAGGCAUCGGAACAAAUUGGCCAUUUCCUCAGCAGCUUUUGCAACUUUGCUUGAAGCAUGGUAUCAGUGAUUUGUUACCGCCUUUCGAGCCGCCUGAUUUGGUGAGAGCCCAGUGUUUAAGCAAGAAAGUAGAACCCAAUCCACCAGUUGCUUGCUCAGAAUCUGACUUGCCUGAUACUAAGGAUGCUGGCCCGUCGGAUGUGGGUACUGAAAGUAUCAAAAGCCAUUCUUGUUCUCUGUUAGAUGACUUGGUUGUAGAGCAUUCGGAUCAAACUCAUUACACGUCACCAGACAAAGGGAAAUCUAUAGUUGAUCAAGGAGUUGCUUUGGAUGAACAUAUCCAUAGAGAUGCUGAAAUCUCCUUGGCAGUGACAAGUCAUAAUCAAACUGAAAGAAUUUCGUGUCAGAUCGGCGAUCUUCCAUGCUCAGCAUCUGUAAAUAAAAGUUUCUCAGAAGCAUCAUCAGAACUUGAAGUUGCCGGACCUGCACCACUGCCCCAGAAGCUUGAAAGCUCUCGGGAACCUUUAGAAAAGAAGUGCAGAUUGAUAGUAAAAUUGGGUGCCAUUUCUGAGGCCAACCGAUCAGAAGAUAUAGUAUCUAACACCAGCACGGUUUCUGACCCCAUGGCUUCAAAGAUUUGCCCUGUUUGUAAAACUUUUGCAUCCACUUCGAACACCACUUUGAAUGCUCACAUGGAUCAGUGCCUUUCGGUGGAGUCUAAUGCUAGGCGGGUCCUGACCAACUUUUCAACACCCAAAGUUAAACCGAGGAAGAAAAGGUUGAUGGUGGACAUAUACAAAACUGCUCCCCGUUGCACUCUUGAAGACCUUGAUAGGAGGAAUGGUACAAACUGGGCUUCAGAGUUGGCUUUGGUAACAUUAACCAAUGAGGACUCUACUGAGACUAAAAGGCCAAAGUUGUUGCCAAUGGAUGCUAGAGAUGAUGGAGAUGGAGCAGUCUAUGUCGAUUCGAAUGGAAUAAAACUUCGAAUUUUGUCCAAGUUAGAUGAUACACCAGCAGUGAUGUCGAGAGAGGAAACCAAGCUGAGGAAGCACACGAAAGACAUCAAGGCAAGCAAGACUAUUUUGAUCGGCAAGAAAAAGCGCUUCACAUCAAAAUGUUCAAAGGACAUGAAAGUGAAGGGACAUAACAAGAAGUUAAGUUCCUUCAAGCUUUUGGAAGCCCGGAUUAAACCAGCAUCUGCUGGAGAUUGCUGUGCUGACGCUUAUCAGGACAAGGAAGGGUCAAAUAUAUCUAAUGCUUGUGACCAAGUGAAUACCAGCGGUUCUGCAACUUUGAGACAGUGGGUGUGCUCCAAACGCUCAGACCUCCCGAAAAAACUCAGCAACAAAGACAGCCAUAAAACCUUGGAGAACCCAGUAGCUAUCACCAAGGAUACAUGGGCUGAGAACGGCCAACCAGACUCAUGCAACACUUCUUCUGUGAGAAAUAUCUUGAAGUUCUCAAGGCCAUCUGAAGACAUGACUGCUUCUCCAAAAACCAGAAAAGUUAAUUUUUUGUCAAACAUGGUCCUGCCCGUGGAAGAUGGGAAGAAAAAGUCUCCUGAAUCACCUGUCUCUAAUUGCUGGUGGUCAUCAGAAAAUACUUCUUCAACCCGUGGUCUUUUGAUCAAAUUAUCAAGACCAUCAACAACUUUAGUCUCAUCCCCAAGAAGCAAAAGAGAGGAGAUUCACAUGGGCAACUUGCAGAAGUCUAAUAGUUCUUCUGGUAUGGCAACUAAACAAUCUGAGAAUUGUCGGACCUUGGUGAAGGAUCAGGCCUGCUCAACUUCGGAGAAGAAUGUCUUAGUUAGAUCACCAUCCCUGUCUUUGGAGUCAAGCAAAGGUAACUUGAAUGAGAAAACCUCAAAAAAAUUCCGUAAAAACAGAUCAAUACUGAGGACCGGCAAACGAGAAGUUCGCUCACUUGUCAAAGGGUUGCAUGACUCUAUCAAAGAUCUUGGUCCUGAUAAUGCUAGAGCCAGUGAAACACCCAAGACUCAUCAAUCUGGUUCUUUGGAGAGUGAGCAUGUUUCAAGGUCCCCAAUAGGUAAGGUUAUGGAGCAAGUAUCUCCAAGCGCAAUUGGCAUCUCAGAACCUAUGUGUGAAAGAGAAGCCCCAAGUGCAAUGGAAGAUCUACCUUUGGAAGCUGAAUGUCAUGACCCUAGAAAUGAAACUAGGGACAUGCAAGUUAAGGUCUCAUCAUGGGAUCAUGUAACUGAUCCUUAUAUGGAAAAAGCUACUGGUGAUCCUGUUAUUAGUGAAACUGCAAUCUCUGAAAAGCUCACACGAAUUCCCAAUGCCAGAUUGGACCCACAGCUAUCUGUGGAAGAACGUGUGCUGCCUCUUUCUUCAGGUGAAGCCCGUGUACCACGAGUCAUGCAAAAAUUGCUUCGUGAGCAAGAAAUUCAUUGUGGUAUUGUUUUCCAUGAUGAAGAUGUCAGCCAAGGAAAUCAAAUAGCUGAUGAAGCGGGACUUCAGGGGCUGAAAGACUCUUGUGCAUCUCAGCAUACAGAAUGUCAGGCAGAUACAGCUUCUAUUCAAGAAUCUAGUGCUUGUUUGACUAGUCAUGGGGAUGUGGGGCUUGAAGUCCAUCAAGAGAACUCGUCAGCAACUUCUAUUGGAGUAACAUCUAAUCAUUUGGCUAAUGAUGGGGAACCAGCUGAGUCUCCUGAUUCAACUGCCUCGACUGUUUCUCUCCCAUCUCCAAAAGAUUCCAAUAACAGAGACUCUGAGGCAGAAUUACUGCUGAGAGAUACAGAUACUCCUGCUCAAGAUAAAUUUGGCUCUACAGUGCCAUCUACAGAAAACUGUGGAGGAACUGAAGGAAGGAUUUCUGAGAGAAUUGAUCGGGAAUCUAAGGUGAUUCUGCCAGGAAACAAUGUUGAACUGUCUCCAAAGGAUCAGUCCUUCUGCUGCUCAUGUAGGGAGAGCCUUUCCAAGGAGUCUCAAUUCUUGAGAAAUAGCGUCGCUGCUGGGACAGCUACACCUUCCAAGGGGAAUACGAUUUCCAGUUUGCACGUUGGGCCUAGAAUGUCUUCUUUUCAUUUGUAUCAGAGUCCGAGAGCUAAUGCUGUGGCCAACUCCUGCUUGGAAUCACCUACUCAGUCCAAUUCCACUAAGGUGUCCUCGGAUUCUGCUAUAAAUUUCCCAGCUUGCAGUGAUUUGGGUUCCCCUAGUCCUUCAUCUCAAAGUCAGACACUGUCCAAUGCCAUUCCCAAACUUAGAUUGAUGGGCAAGGACUUGAUGGUGGUGAACAAAGAAGAGCCUGUGCAGCCUCAAACUGCUGCUUCAGACUACUUAACAAAUGCCAGGUGUCUCUCGCCUCUUGGAUUUGCUUCAACCAACCUUGUGGUGAAUCAUGAGAGCUUUCAGUACCAUCAUCAGCUUCCUGGUGGUUCUUCUGUCCUUGGCCGGCCUCCAUCAAUGGGUAGUCACCAAAUGGCCCACUAUCCCCCUGGCUUGCAAGUCGGUGGCUUUGCAGGAGCUCCAAUGCAAAAUGGUUUGAUUGAUCACCGCAGUCAGCAGAAAAAAUCAUACAAAAAUCCCAUAUCCCCAGCAGCAUGCAGUCUUGGUAGAACAGUUUCCUCUAACCAACAGCACCAAAAGCCACCUGCUCGAGCUUCCUACUAUAUGAAAGAGAUCAUUGUAAUUGAUCCUGAACCUGAGGCAGAUCCGAGAGGCAGCCUAGUGAGCCCAGCAGGUGCAUUGCCCCCGGCAAUUUCAGGUCCAGAUCCUAUGCUACAGAGACAAUUCACUUAUUUCCCAUCACCCAACCAAUUUAUCUUGAGGGAUGUCUCAGGCGGUCCCAGGCCCUCUUUUCCCGAUUUAUACCCAAGUGUUAAUGCUGAUGUCAUGAAGCGAGCAUACUUGUCAGAAGGUCCGGGUCCUCUUCUAUCAAGCCCAUUCGUAUUCCAGUCUCCUGCAGCAGGUCAGUUGAGCCCAUUGUAUCACUCUCAGAUUCAUCGUUGAUCCCAGCUGUAACAUUUUGUGGAAGAAUUCUCCAACAGAACUUGGUCAUCGUUACCAGAAACAAGCAGAAUCAUGGAUCUUCUGGCAUAGAAUUAUGGAUCUUUUGUCUUUGUGGAGGCAACAGUUCUACAGAGAGAAUGAAUCUGGCAACAAAUCAGACAGAGUUUUGUAAUAGGUUGUGUACUUAUUUUGAUAUUUAGAAGGCUGUGCUGGAUCCAAACUUUUCUGCAAAGCCGCAGUCUUAAGCUAUUCUGGUAGUAUGUCUAUGUAAAAACAGAAUAAUUCAAUAUGACUGCCUCCUUCGACAAAGAAAAUUAGCCUCCUUAAAACAGCAUAUUGUCGGUGGUCUUA